CAGGGGCUGGUCACUGCCGUACUUGACUAGAUUUCGGUAAAAAAUUUAGAAAAGCGCCAUCUGCAAUCCUCUUCCUAAAGUAUUUAAUAUCUUCAAGUGAUAAUAGAUGGCUCUUUAAUCAAAAAUUAACUUCCAUAAAAUAUCACUAAAAUUAUUGAAAUCUAAAAAUUAUUUUAUAUAUUAGUAUUACGUAGGAAAUCUAUCAAUUAUUUUUAUUAAAUCUGUACACUAUUUUAUAUACAUAAAUUAUUUUUCUAUAAUUAUUUUUUUGGUUGGCAAUAAACCGUGCCAACUGCCAAUGCUGAAGUUAGAAUUUGAAUUUUAAUGGCGAGUACAGUACAUACAAUUUGUGUGUUAAGUUUUCGUCCAUUUAAGUGUUUUCUGCUGUUGACUUGCGUUGAUUUGAGUUUUACUCAUCCGCUGUGUUUUCGGUGAAUUAGUGAGUGAGUUGAGCUGUGCUCCUCUGUUUCAUUGUUUCACAUAACUUGCGAAAAGACGCCAUUAGUGUUUAGUAUUAUUUGCGAUAAAGACGCCUUUUUUGUGAUAUUUGUGAAAUAGACACUGUUAUUGUGUUAUUAGCGAUUAGAGACGCUUGUUUGAGUGCAUAUAAUCAUGCCGAGGCGGUGCGAAUUGGGAUGUUCACACAACCCGGGUGUGACACAACAUCAAUUUCCACACCCAGAAAAGAAUCCUGAGUUAUUCAAAGCCUGGGUUAAUAUAGUUGGUGGAAAACUGGAGACUGCAGAUGAUAUCAAAUUUUACAGAAAGCGAGUCAUCUGUGACAUACAUUUUGCAGACAAGUUUAAGAAUCGCAACAACCGUUUAAAUAACAUAGCUGUUCCUACUCUCCAUCUUCAGGGUGCUCCAUCACAAGAUGCUCAUAUGCCUCCUGCAACUCCACAUAUACCAACUGAACUUCCUAUGCCUGAACAUAAUAUAUGGAAUCUGCCUUCUACAUCAAAGCAAAUAGUCACUGGUGCUCCAUCACAAGAUGCUCAUAUGCCUCCUGCAACUCCACAUAUACCAACUGAACUUCCUAUGCCUGAACAUAAUAUAUGGGAUCUGCCUUCUACAUCAAAGCAAAUAAUCACUGCUGCACCUCCCAAUGCGUGUGUUAUAGCAGCAGAACAUAAUUAUUGCAGUAAACAUGGUAUACAACAAAGACGGAAACUUAAAGGAGACAAAAGUAAGUGCCAAUGUAGUUUAUACCAUAAGAUAUCCAAAAAAAAUGUUUAUACAUAGG